AUGGCUGCUAUCGACAUGUUGUCGUCGGAACAAAUAUUUUACGGGUGCAGCCCGCCAGCCGGUUUCCUAACAGACUAUUCAGCUCCCGUUAGAAGACCCACCAAACUAUCAACUAGAGGUUACUCGGCGCCCUCUCUCUCUGUGCUAAAACCGGUGCAAUUGUCAUUAAAAUCAUCAGCUCCGAGAAGUUGCAUACGGUUAUCAACGGAGAAAAAGCAAAAACGCGUAGUGUUUGCAGACGACAGAGGUUACGCGUUGGAGCAUGUGAAGGUCAUGACUGAGCCGUCCCAUGUACCACCAUACUGGGCUCUGAUGAUCGUUGCCAGUCCACCAUUGGAAAGAAAACCUUCACUGGUUGACACUUGGGAUGUGCGGUUCCCGCAACCGGCCUCCGAUUACUUAGAAUUCAGAAGGAGAAUAACAGAAAACUAUGUCGCGCUGGAGAAUGUGAUUGUCAAACACAACGAAGGCGCCGUGGAUGGUACCGUCAAAGUGAAGAACUUGGAUUUCGCGAAGGAAGUCUUAAUACGCGCAUCAUCAGACGGGUGGAGUACGCACGAGGACACAUAUUGUGCGUUCGUUGAAUCUGGGCCUUUGAACACGAGUGGUGUAUCAACUUACGACACAUUUGGCUUCCGUUUGCAGCUACCCAUACAUUCGAGGAAGUUAGAUUUCUGUGUGUGCUUCCGCUGCAAAGAUAAGGAAUAUUGGGAUAAUAGGAACGGCGAAAAUUUCACGAUAGAAAAGUCGUCAGUGAGAAAAACCCCAGCGAUAUCGUGUGCUAGGAUUAAUUAUGGUAAUUCGUGGAGUGGUUCUGUCGUGGGUCACACGCCGUAUUGGUGA